GAAAUAGAAAAAAUUUUGAUAAAAGUAAAUCAUUAAAGAUAAUAAACGUUAUAUUUUACAAGUACUAAAAAAAUAGCAAUCCAAUAUUGUUGAUUCCCGCAGUAAUGAAAUUAUACAAUGAAUUGUUAUAUAAGUAUGUGAUAUACACAUAUGUUGAUUGUUUUUUUAAUUGAGGCUAUAUAUAUGUGUAUAUGUGUGAUGAACUGAUCUCGAGGUUGUUUCUCGUUUAUUUCUUAAGAUAGUGGACUAUCUAAACGGAUAUAUUUCUUGUGCAUGGCUACAAGAAAAUAGUCUCUUAUAAUGUCUUUCAUAGCACGUAAUUAUAUCUAAUGGUAGUAAAGGACAAUGUUUGACGAUUGCAAAGAAACUAUCUGUUAUCGUGUCCAAAAAUCAUAUAACGAUAUAUUCAUAGUGAGCCUCUAUUUACAAGUGAAAUUCGGAACUUUAGAAAAUUCCUUCCUAAUUGAAUUGGAAAAAUCACAAUAAGACAUGAUAAUAAUCAAUAAUAAUGGUAUUAGUAAUAAUAGUAACUCAAAUUAGAAGAAAAUUUCUCAGAUUAAAUUGGUAAUUAGUGCACAAAGAAGUGGACGACCAAUGAUGACAAAUAAUAAUAGAAAAAGUUUUCUAUACGAGAAAUUAUUUUUUCCAAUAAACUAUUAUAAAUCUCGGGUACUAAUAAAUAUUACUCGGAAAUAUUAACAAGAGACAUUGAUGAAAUGUUUUAUUUUUCAUCAAGUUAUAUCAAUUUACUGUUAUGUAAACGAAAUAUACUAAAAAUCAUUAAUUUUACAAAUAUUAGAAAAAAUUCAUUAUGGUGGAAAUACCAAGAAUCAAAAAUAGAAUAUAAUCACAAGAAUAAGAUAUCUUGUUAUAAAAUAAAUACGCCUUUAAAAUAUCAUACAUCAAAUAAUGUACAAGAAUAUGUCAAUUCGUUUAAAGAUGAAAAAAACGAAUUAAUGGCUAUAUGGCCCGAUAUUGUUCGUGAAUUGUCGGAAGAAGAAUAUAAUGAAGAAUUACCAGAUGUUAAAAAAUGGAUAAAAAAAGUAUUGGAAUAUACUGUUCCGAAAGGAGGAAAACGAAGAUCAGUACCAACUGUAAUCGCAUAUAAAUUGCUGGCAUCUCAAGAUCAAUUAACGGAAGAAAAUAUUCGUUUAGCUCGUAUUUUAGCUUGGAGUAUAGAAAUAAUGCAAACGUGUCAUAUAAUCAUAGAUGAUAUUUUAGAUAAUGCAAACAUGCGACGAAAUCAACCAACUUGGCAUGUAAAAGUUGGAUUAGGUGCAAUUAAUGACAGUUUAAUUUUGGAAACAUGUACAUAUAAGCUUAUUAAGAAAUAUUUUAAGUCGAAAAAUUGUUAUACAGACAUCGUGGAUAUAUUUUUGAAGUAUAAUACAAAAGCAGCGCAUGGUGAAUGUUUAGAUAUAUUGAUAUCGACAGAUUGGGCAAAGAAUGAAAAUUUUAAUCUUUUCUCUAUGGAUCGAUACAAUCAUCUAAUAAAAUAUAAAACAUCUUAUUUCUCAUUUAUACUUCCGUUUAGUCUUGCUAUGCGUUUCGCUGGCAUAAUCGAUCCAGAAAUGCAUCGGGAAGCAGAAAAAAUUCUAAUAAAAAUAGGUCAUCUUUUUCAAGUACAAAAUGAUUUUUUGGAUUAUUACAGUAAAGAAGAAAUUGGAGAAAAAAGUGGAACUGACAUACAAGAAGGGAAAUGUACAUGGCCCAUUAUGAUAGCAUUGGAGCGAGCAACAGCCGAACAAAAAAGAAUUUUAAAAGAAUGUUAUGGAGUAGCUGAUGAAGAAAAAGUAAAACGUGUAAAAGAAAUUUAUGACAAAAUAGGUAUAUCGAAUAUUUAUUUUGAUUACGAAGAAGAAACGCAUAAUUUAUUGAAUACAUAUAUACAACAAUUAUCUUCGAAACUUCCUCCUGAAUAUUUUUUAUAUUUACUCGCUACAUCAUGUAGUAAAGUAGGACGAAAACAUUAAUUGUGCAAGAUAUUCGAAAACAUCCGAUUAUUCAGAGAUUGCUAAAAUAAUUUCAAGCAAUAUUUUUUUAUGUAAAAAUUCAUUUCUUGUCAUUAAUGUAUUUUUCACGAAAAAUAUUUACCAAUUAAAUACUUUCUUUAGACAUAAAGAUAGUAUUGCUGUGCCGCCAUGUGACGAAAAAUAAAUUGAAGCAACAUGUCGAAUAAGCUGUGUUACGUAUAACAAAUAUUUUAUAUCGAUAAAAAAUACAUAUUUGGAA